AUGGCCGCGAUCAAAGGGUACAAAUGCAUCAUCACGCUUUCAGAGAAGAUGUCACUGGAAAAGGAAAAAAUCCUACACGCACUGGGAGCCAGAGUAGGCCGGACACCUGCUGGAGUACCCGUCGACGAUCCAGAUUCCAUUCCUAGUACUGAGGGAAAGGUGGACGUGGGGAUCGCUGGAGCAGGAACCAAAGGCACCGUCACUGGUUUCACCAGAGGGCUGAAGAAGGAUAAUCGAGAUGUAUUUGUUGUGGGCGUCGAUCCUACCGGGUCUGUCCUUGCGUGGCCGGGGGUUCCGAAUGAGCAGACGAGCGAGUAUAAAGUGGAGGGAAUUAGGUAUGACUUUGUUCCUGGGGCUUUGGAGCAGACAGCCCCCGAUGUCCGGGUCAAGACAACAGAUGGGGUCUCAUUCAGGAUGGCAAGGGGUCUGAUACGUUUAGAAGGACUGCUUUGUGGCGGUUCAUCUGGGGCUGCCUUUGUGGGGAUGGUCCAGUUCCUUGGGAUGCACCCCGAGUUCAACGUUGAAGACAAAACAAUCGUACUUGUGUUUCCGGAUAGUGUGAGGAAUUACCUGACCAAGUUUGCGGAUGAUGCGUGGAUGGAAGGGAAUGGAUAUUCAGAAUGAAUGCUGUAGCGG